AUGGAUUCUGAGGGAGAGGCACCCGCCGCCGGCACGACGGAUCCACCGUCGACCGAGCAAUUACUCCAAGCUGCUGCCUCAGCCGAUGCCGAGGACCUGCGGCGCCUGACGCAAUACUACACCACAGACGUCGACAUUCGAAACCAGGACGGACUCAGCGCACUGCACUUGGCCAUCUUAUCACAGCAUGACGGGGCUGUAGAAGCUCUCGUCGAGGCAAAUGCCGACAUCGAAGCGACAACGCCUGAUGGUAAAAGGCCCCUAUUUCUAGCCAUCGAAGAGUCGCGAACCGAGGUGGUGCGGUUCCUCUUAGCCCAUCAUGCUCUCACCGAUGCAGAUGCCGGCGGCAGAAUGCCCCUACAUGAAGCGGCGUCUCGAGGCAACGUCCAUGUCGUGCGCCUCCUCCUCGACUAUGGAGCGGAUAUCCAGGCUCUAAGCACAGACGAGAAGGAUGCUUUGUUCUUCGCUGUGAGGAGCCAAAUCGUGGCCGUGGCCCGGCUGCUACUCGACCGCGGCGCGGAUCCCGAUGCUUACCUUUCGGAGGAUCCCCCGACUGCGCUUCACCUGGCCUCGGAGCUGUGCGACGUUGAGAUGAUGCGGAUGCUUCUCGAGCGAAGAGCAAAAGUGGACUUGAGAGACUUCAACGGCGCAACCCCUCUCUUCAGAGUUGUCGCUGCGGGGAAUAUCGAAGCUGCCAAGCUCCUGCUUCAGCACGGGGCCAGUAUUCGCGUGUGGGCAUCUGGCGGCUUCUCGGCUCUUGACCUUGCGGACGGGAAUCUCGAAAUGCUUGAGCUUCUCAACGGAGACAGGGUGCUUCAAGGGCCAAAAGUACGAGGGGCUGGGCCGACAGACGAGCCGGAGGCCACUUUCACAGUUCUCAAGCCUCCUCCAACGCCGGCCGAGCACGAGCGCGAUAAGUUGACCGCUUGCCAGGGUUUCAACGCCAUCAUUACAGAUUUCUUCUUGAAUGGAGAAGAACACGAGCAGUCGGUGCCCAAGACGGCAUCGGUAUAUGAGCUCCUGUAUAGCCAUGGUCCAGGCGCCAUUCGAAGCCGUCUUGAUGGCCGCGAUCCAAGCUAUACAUGGUACCACUUACCAUCCAAUAAUGUAGAUGGUAUGGGUAGAGACCCUGCGUUUAUUACCAAGUCUCAAACCAAGCUCACCAAGCAGGGCUUUACCGGAAAUACUGACAGUAUUGUCGCUUUCGUCCCAUUUCUACAUUUCGAAACCUUUGCCGGACAUCAAGCUGUGGAGGCUGCACUGAAGAACCUCCACGAACAUCUCUUCAGAGGCUACUUCAACUCUGGCACAUCUGAUCUGCAGCCACGUCGCACGUUGGACCAAUAUGUAUAUGCCGACAUCGAAGCAUCUUCAAAUAGGGACAACGAUCAGGUCGUCUAUCGAUAUACAAAAGAUUCCCGGGCCAAGAUUUUCAUGGUGGACCAGUUAUGGUUGUGGAUCCUAGGCGAAGACACGAUAAUCACAUGCUGCCCCGUCCGGUGGAGCUCUUGGGAGACCAAGCGGCCGAGACAGGCAGAGAUGCCUACUGCAGAGACCUCGAAGCCCGGAUUCUACAUCAAGUGGUUCAGCGGAAUGGUUCACAACCCUCACGCCUCGUUGGUGAGCCAGCGCGCCAUGGGCUAUCGCCCCAUGAUGAUCGGCGGUCACGGCUCAAAAGAGCCCAGGGCGUCCCAACCGAGGCGUAACAUAGCAGACAGUACCUGGCCUGAGCUUAAACUUGACGAUCCGUUGAAUGUCUCCCAAAUUGUCAACCGGCACCUUCUGAAGCAGAAUCGGAGCGCUGUGGAGUCGGUCUUUGAGCUAGCUGGGCUUAUCACAACGUGUUGUGUUGACUUGUUUGAUCCGUAUCAAGUGAGCGAGGAUUAUCUCUUCUUGGACUUUUUCGAAAACUCCAUCGGUCAAGCGAGCGAUAAAGUCGCAAACUACCUGAGAAACUUCAAGGGAUCGGUCAGCGAGUUCAAGCAGGGCAUUGUGACGGCGGAUAUCAUGGAUAUCACUAGCGAGACGGAACUGAUGAUCGAGCUCGAUGAUAUUCUCGAUGAAUUACACACAUUGAAGCUCGUGUUGACGGAUCAGAAGAGCGUGGUUCAGGACAUGAACAGAACACUUAGAGAAUCUGACCGGGAUGCCUCGGUGUCUGCUUACGUCAACACGAAAACCCUCGAAAGUCACCUGCAGAGGAUCGAACAGAUGGAACAGGCGGCAUCAAAGGCAGAGAAGACGGCUAGUCUGACCGAGGCGUGGUAUGCGCGAGAGUCAGCUAAAGACACAGCUCGCCAGGGAAAGACGGUGGUUGUUUUUACUGUGGUUACAAUCAUUUUCUUGCCCGUGUCGUUCAUCGCAGCAAUUUUCGCCAUCGACAGCAAUGGGUUUCGACGCGAUAAAGACGAUAAAAUACCUUUUGGCUACAUGCUCACAUAUAUACGUAAGGUCACCCCACGCGAGCUGUGA